AUUAUCGCCUAGCGGCGAAUUGACGCCAUACAGAAGUUUGACCUUUUGUUGUUCAGGUCAAGAACGGUGAAGAAAAAAGUCAACCGGAAUUUACGAGUUAAUAUAAAUGAUUUUAAAUGAGACAUUGUAACGGAAGAAAAAAAAACACAUCAACUAGGUUUCACUAUAAGAUAAAUCAGCUGGUGAUAUUCCCACAACUUCUCCACAACCCAACAAUCUCCACCACAACCCUGCAGCCUCCACCAUAGCCCUGCAGCCUCCACCACAACCCUGCAGCCUCCACCAUAGCCCUUACUCCAUAAAGAUGAGCCGGUCGUUGAGUAAAUUGAAGCUGGUCCUGCAGGCCGGUGCUGUGGCGACCUUUUCUUUAGGCUUCCUCGUCUUGCUACGGAAAACACGAGAUGCUCCACCGCAGUUUGAGGACGAGUACUUCUCACCUCUCAUGUCCGCCUACCGUGACGCUGUUCUGACACCCUCCCCAACCACUCCUACAUGCAGCUUCAGGUCAGGUGAGGUGCCCACCUUUCUCUUGUGGUCAGAACCUUUCGACGAGAAAUUUUGGGAUUCCCAGUUGACCCAUAUCAAGAAAGGCCUGUGUCCUAAACCCUGUAAUUUCACCUUCAACGUGUCCCAGGUGGCUCGUGUCGACGCUGUGGUGGUAUACCUACGAGGUGUACGAAGCAAGCAGCGAGUGUUGGAACAACUGGCGCCCAGGGACCCUACCCAACCCUGGAUCAUCACUACCUUCGAGGCACCGCCCAGGGCCAACAGCAUCCACCAUACAGAUUACCGCUCCCUCAAUGGUGUCUUCAACCGCACGAUGCUCUACCGCAGAGAUUCUGACGUCAUGGUGCCUCAUGGAUUCAUCGUGCGUCGUGAUGAGGCAGAGCUGCUGCCUGCCUCGUGGCGUAUCCCUCCACUGCCACACCCAGGAGACUGGCAUGCACGCAAGCCUAUUGUCGCUUUUAUCUCCAACUGCAAGGCCAAAAGCGGCCGUCUGGAGUAUGUACACGCCCUUCAAAAACAUAUUCCUGUUGAUGUCUACGGCAGGUGUGGUACUCUAAAGUGCGGCGAAUCAAUGUACGUCAAGCAUCAGUACGACCCGACAAAAUAUAAUUGUUUUCGAAAAGCUGGCGAGACUUAUCUCUUCUUUCUAGCCUUUGAGAAUUCCCUCUGCACUGACUACGUCACAGAGAAGCUCUACAAUUUCCUGUUUUACCCGAUGGUGCCCAUAGUUUUCGGCUCGGCCAACUACUCAGCUCUCCUCCCACCUAACUCCUACCUCGAUGCUCGACAGUACGCACCAAAACAACUCGCUGCUAAACUCGAGUUCUUGGCGAAUAACCCUGAGGAGUACCAGAAGUACUUGGCCUGGCGAGAUUACUACCAGCCUUCCACAGUUGGCGGGGAGCGCACACUGUGUCACCUGUGUGUUCGAUUACACGAUCCCAAGUUUUAUGAACAUCAGGUUAUAGAAGACUUUUAUGACUGGUUCAUGAGCAGAUCUGAACCUAUAGAUGGUCACGGAAGAUGCCAGUAAGUGGACAAAUACCCACAACAGCUGGGCUUCUAUUCCAUCUCAUUGGUUCAGAGUAACAACGGGAAGCCUGCAACAGAGACAACUGAAGGCCAUAGUCAACAGAGAAGUGUUGUGAGUGCUUGCAUUUAUUUAUCUUACGGGACACUAUUCAUCAUUACCAAUUCAAGAGUCAUCAAGAAGCUUAAUAUUGGUAACAGUGAUUAAAGACUCGUGCAAUAUUGCCAGAUCAAGAUUCCUCGAGAGGUUGUGUUUUAUCAACAGUGAUUAUGAUGGUAACUGGUAAGAUUCAUUCAUAGUUAAGUAGUGAAACGUUAUCAUCUAAGACUUGUCAGCGUCCCGGGAAUCUUAACUUAGGCGCCCUUAAUACAUACAGUUCAAAUACAAUUGUUAUAUUUUAUUUCAUGAGGAAAAAUUAAAAAAUUAAGAACAAAAGAGUUUAUACAGGUAAAUUCAUUACAUCACAUGUAACUCACUUCAAACCCAGGGAAACCAGCUGAAACCAAAUGACCAACCAAAUAUUGGCUUCCCUGUGGCAUACCUGAGGAGCCUAGGGGUGGACUAUGGGGUACUGUAGGGGUAAGUUCAUUUCAAAGCGGGAAGUGGGUAUCUUGAGUGCAUUUCAAGACAAUAAUGCAAUUUAUAUAUAGAAUAGGUUAGAUAGAAAGUAAUUUCGUUGUAAUGGAUAAUAAUUGAUUGAGAAAAGCAUUACAGGUUACUAGAAAAUAAAAUUUCACAUUCAUACAUCGGAUAUGAUCUAUACAAAUGCAUCAAAUGGAAUGAAGUAAGACAAAAGAGUAAAUAUUUCAUUGUUGGUACAAUUAAGGAUGCACCGGAACUUAGUGCCGGCCAGAAUCUCAAUUUUUAUGAAGUUUGGGUUCCGGACGAAACUUUAGAAAAAUAACCUGCCGGAACCGGAACAUUUUAUUGUGAUAUUGGUGACUGUUUCAUGAAUUAAAACAUGUUUUUAUUAUUGUUAUUAUGUUCAAGACUUUUGACCCCGAUUGUACAUUUAGAUAAUAAUAAUAGUUAUUUAUUUAC